GAUCGCUCGUCAACAAUGGUUAAAACACGAUCUUCGGCGAGGGUAGGAAGUGCGGCCCAGAGCUCAUCUGCCGAAAAUGGGAACCCUUCCGAACUUAGAUCGCGGCUCAAAACAACUGAGAACGGACACCGCUCACAAAAAACCUACAAUACUUCUAGGAACAAUCAAGCGCUGCCCUCGGGCGGCGUGCCGGGCAGCGGGUCUCAGGGCAAAGACCCCCUGGCCCCCGCACUGCCCGGCUCUCGCAACAUGUACCAGCAUCCCGCUGUUAGCGGAUAUAACACACAGGACUCCAGGGGACAGAGCAUGCCUGUCACGGGUCGACAGAAUCCGAUGUACGGGAGCAUGUACCAUGGAUACGGGGCAGGCGCGGGCGCCGCUCUCACCCCCAUGCCGUCUCCGUCGCCCACGGCGCCGCUGCCACCCUUCCCCGUGCACCCUGAUGUUAAAUUUAAAAAGCUUCCCUUCUACGACGUCCUGGCGGAGCUCAUGAAGCCGUCAACCAUGAUGCCUAUGCAGGCGGGACGAAUGCAGGAGGGCACCUACAUUUUCCACCUGACGCCGCAGCAGGCCACCGAAAUCGCCUCGGGAAAAGACAUCGUCGGCACUAGUAAUAAGCUCGAUUAUGUUAUACAGGCACAAUUGAGAUUCUGUCUUCUUGAAACAUCGUGUGAACAAGAGGACUAUUUCCCACCUAGCGUUAAUGUUAAAGUGAAUAACAAAAUGUGUCCACUACCAAAUCCCAUACCAACCAACAAGCCCACCCCAGAGCCGAAACGACCACCUCGUCCAGUGAACAUUUCGUCUCUCGUCAAACUGUCGCCGACAGUCGCCAACACAAUACAUGUGACCUGGGCGGCUGACUUCACAAGGGCCUACGUGCUCAGCGUUUUUAUGGUGCGGAAACUCACUUCGGCCGAGUUGCUGCAACGAUUGAAGAAUAAAGGAACCAAAAAUCCAGACUAUACACGCUCGCUUAUCAAAGAAAAACUAUCAGAAGACUACGACAGCGAGAUAGCGACGACAUCUCUUCGGGUCUCCCUAAUGUGUCCGCUAGGCAAGAUGCGUAUGUCGUGCCCGUGUCGGCCAGCAAAUUGCCCGCAUCUACAAUGUUUCGACGCAUCGUUGUUCCUGCAGAUGAAUGAGAGGAAACCCACGUGGCUAUGUCCUGUUUGUGAUCGCCCGGCACCUUAUGAUUCCCUGGUAGUUGAUGGGUAUUUCCAAGAAGUGUUGACGUCGUCUCGACUAUCGAGCGACUGCAACGAGAUCCAGCUGCACGCGGACGGGAAUUGGUCCGCGCAUGCGCCGCCAGCGCGCGCGCCGCAGACUGUACAGCCCGCCGCAGAGCCUGUCACGCUCAUUUCGGAUGAUCUCGAAGUGAUACCAGUUGAAGGCAGUAACGGCGGUGGCGGCAAGCGUGCGGCAGUGGGUGAAGGUCGGACGCCUAAAGCUGCGGCUGAAGUUCUUGUAGAUCUGACGUCGGACUCUGAAGACGAACUGCCCUUGAAGCGAAAAGUUCCACAACCAAAGGCCACUCCACCUGCUGCAGAAUCUACCAUAAAGAGUGACGAUAACUACUCUUCAUCAAAUGAAGCAGUAUCAUCGAGCGGAUAUCGGUCCCCUACAGGCGCGUCUGUGAGUAACUCUGGCGCGGUAAUCUCACUGGACAGCCCGUCCCCGCCAGCCGCCUCCCCACAACCCGCGCCCGCAGACCCACUGCCAGACAGACCGCAUCUGUCCAUUACACCUGUUGAACGCUGUACAAGCAACAACAGCGAGCGGGAAGAGAGUGACACAGCUCCCUCUCACUGGGCGCCCUACGCCGACGCUGAGAGGGAUAAUCACGAUAGUUACAGAAGGUACUGACUGAGGGAGAAGAGUGACCGGCCCUCCUAUGCUAGCAGUCACUCUUCCGAAGAAGAUCAAGAGCCCUCCUACCCGGAGGUGCCCAUCCUACCAGCGCAGUAGGCAUGAAAUGACCACCAAUGAUCGUCGAAACGUAGAUUUGACACGUGUACCAGCGAAUGUGUUAGCAAAGAUUUUAAAAAGUAUUGCAUUGCUGUAUCACUUAUGUUUACUGUGUGCAUAUUUUUGGAAAAUUUAUAUCAGACAAAUAACGCACUCUACCAAGGUCAUGGGACUAGCUAAGAAGGCGAAGAAUAAACCAAGUUAUCUCUCGCUACUAAAGGAUACUUUUCCGAUAUCAUUGAAGUAAAAGAAAAGCAAUAAUUAAACUUUAAUCAUGGAAAUCUUUGUGCGGUGGUUUUUAGGCGAACGAUAUGAUAAUUUGGACUUAAGAAGUGACGUUAUGUCAAGGACUUUAAAAGUGCAUAAAAUACUUUUAAGUUUAAAAAAUGCAUUUUUUAUUUGAAUCGUAGUUUCAAUU